AUGGACGAGGCCAUGAUCACGGGGCGAAUCAACACUCGUCUCGUCUCCAAAGGCGUUGACGGCAUUGUCAUGUGGGCGGCACCAUGGCAUCGUGUUGCCAUUGGUGUGUGGGUUGCGCUGCUGACCUCGGGUGCCGCUGACACAUUCGCCGUGUUUGACAAGACGGGCACGCUGACGGUUGGAUCUCCACAAGUCAUGCGAUUGUGGCGCACGUCGGCGCUGUCUCCUGCAACGGACUUCAAGACAUUCUCUGGUCGCGGCAUCUCAGCAACCGUGGACAGCAUGCCCAUUGUCAUUGGCAUGCACAUUGAGACGAUGCACGAAGACGACGAGACGCGUGGCUACACGGUUGUUACGUGCUCGGCAGACGGCAACCUCCUGCCUGGGCCAUGUGGGGUCUCGCUGACACGUGCAAGCCUUCGAGGCGAAGAGAGCGGUGCGCCUGCUGCGCCCGCACGGCCUGACCAUGGCCAUGCUCACGGGCGACUGCGCGGUCCAUUUGGGGCAGAGAUUGGCAUCGACAACGUGCUCGCAGCAGCGUGCAGGAGCUGCAGGCGAAAGGGCGAGGUGGUGGCAAUAGUUGGCGACAACAUCAACAUUGAGUCAGCGGAUGUCGUUCUGAUGAUUAAGGACAACCUGCUUGCUGAAUCCAUCCACUGGUCGUGGCAAGUGGCCACCUCUUCAGCAACGCCAACGACGGACGUGCACGCGAUCCGCGAAAUCACCAGCGUCCACGUCUCGGAGAUCCAAUCCAUCGCAACAGCCACCACUUCGUCACCUUCUCCUGUGCUCCUGUGGCAUCAUUUUGGCGAGGGCCAUGGCUUCAUCGGCACCAUCAGCAUGUCUGCGAGCAGAGAGCAGCACCUGCUUGUGCCGGAGGCCUGUGUUUUGGCAAUGUACAGCGUGACCUCCUCCUCCACGUCGCUGCGCUUGUCCCUGAUCCACAGCCCUCUUGCAGCAGGGCACUCCUGGUCGCUGGCGGAUACGGUGGCGCAAAGUGUUUGGAACGUGGACAAGCCCUGCCGUGUGGCCGCUCUGCUGCCCCCGUUUGGUGGUCAGCGCAGUCGAUCAGAGGCAACAGCGGGGGUGUGCGCCAGCCCCUGGAUGGGGAGCACGUCCUGA